AGAGCUGCGGCUUCGGCCUGCGCAGCGCAGUGGGGCGGCGACCCGGAGGCGAUGGGGAGGCGGGCGCAGUCGACCCAAGGGUGGAGAAGGGGGAAGGCGAAGGACGCGCGUUCCCGGGCUCGUGACCGCCGGCGGCUCGGGGAACCGGCGCCCAGAGAGCCCAGGAGAGAUGGCAGGCGGCGGGAACCUGCGCGUCGUGGACACCCUCCGCCUGCUGCUGCUGGUGGCCGCCCUGCCCCUGGUGUCCCGGGGGGUCAGUCGGGGAGCGGCAAACUGGACCCAGGAGAAGAAUUAUCACCAACCAGCCCUUUUGAAUUUAUCGUCUCUUCGACAAGUUGCAGAAGGCACCAGUAUUUCUGAAAUGUGGCAAAAUGACUUACGACCGUUGCUGAUUGAGCGAUAUCCCGGAUCCCCUGGAAGCUAUGCUGCUCGCCAGCACAUCAUGCAGAGAAUUCAGAGACUUCAAGCUGACUGGGUCUUGGAAGUGGAUACCUUCUUGAGCCAGACACCCUAUGGGUACCGGUCUUUCUCAAAUAUUAUCAGCACCCUCAAUCCCACUGCUAAACGACACUUGGUCCUCGCCUGUCACUAUGACUCCAAGUAUUUUCCUCAUUGGGACAACAGAGUGUUUGUGGGAGCCACUGAUUCAGCUGUGCCAUGUGCGAUGAUACUGGAACUUGCCCGGGCCGUAGACAAGCAACUCCUUUCGUUGAAGAAUAUUUCAGACUCGAAGCCAGAUCUCUCACUCCAGCUAAUUUUCUUUGACGGAGAAGAGGCUUUUCUUCACUGGUCUCCUCAAGAUUCUCUGUAUGGGUCUCGGCACUUAGCUUCCAAGAUGGCAUCAACUGCACAUCCACCUGGAGCGAGGGACACCAACCAAUUGCACGGCAUGGACUUAUUGAUCUUACUGGAUUUAAUUGGAGCUCCAAACCCAACAUUUCCCAACUUUUUCCCAAACACUGCCAGAUGGUUUCAUAGACUUCAAGCAAUUGAACAUGAACUCCAUGAAUUAGGUUUGCUCAAGGAUCACUCUUGGGAGAGGCAGUAUUUCCAGAAUUAUGGUUAUGGCGGUGUGAUUCAGGAUGACCAUAUUCCAUUUUUAAGAAAAGGUGUUCCAGUUUUGCAUCUGAUACCAUCUCCUUUCCCUGAAGUCUGGCACACCAUGGAUGACAAUGAAGAAAAUUUGGAUAAAACAACCAUUGAUAAUCUAAACAAAAUCCUAAAAGUCUUUGUGUUAGAAUAUCUUCAUUUGUAAUAUUCUGGUUUAGUUUAUGAUAAUUGCAUCUAGUAUUAUAAUCAAAAGUCAAGGCACCCUUUAAAAUAAUCUGACUCCAGAUGCUGUGUGGAAACUUCUAUCCUAUAGAUUCAUUCUAUAGGUAUCUUUGAGUAUCCUAGAUUUAUGUCAUGUCCAAAUUGCUUAUUCAUUUUCAUCUAGUGAUAAAGAAAGGGAAAUGUAAGAAAAACUGAAGGUAAAUAUCUUUUAAAAACGUCUUUAGAUAAGAAACUAUGAAGCUAAAUCAGAUGUGUAUAGUCAGUAUCACGUUUUUCUAAAUAGUACUUAAAUAUGAUGGUCAUGUGCAAAGUGCAGCCUUAGUUUUAUGAUUUUCUUAUACUUGGGAAUCUAUUGCAUAUAAUACAAAACAGAGAUGCCAUUUGAAGACUCAAUUUCUUUGAGAAAUCUUUGUACGGUUUAUUUCAUGGAAGUUAAAUCAGAAUUAAAUGCCAUGUUGUGAAUGUCUUUUUUAAUAUAUGAAUGAAAAAUUGUAUAACAAAGUAUAGCUCAAUUUUUAUAGAGUUUUACAAAUUUAACAUUUUUAUUAUAAAAUAUUAUAGUCAGUACCAAAAAUCUAGAAAAUGGAGGAAAGAAAAAAACCCUAUAAUUUCAUUAUAUUAGUAGAGUCACCACUUACUCUAGUUUUCCCUCACAUAUUUUCAAUGCAGUUUUUAUGUCAUUAUAAUCAAA